GCAAUGUAGUGGUGUAGCUAGUUGUAGUAGUAGGUUGUACAAUAAUAGUAACAUUAGCAAAUAGUUAGUAGUUUAUGUAGAUGGGGUUCUGGUUUUGUAAUGCGUCGUAUUGACGCGCUCAAACCAACUACUCGCCCGAGGUGGAUUGCCGACGGGGCGGCGUCUCAGAUUUCAUAAUCGAGCGCCGCGAUCGUGUCGCCCGCGAUGGCAGAGUCGUCCUGGGAAAGCGACCUGUUCACGGUGCAGCACGAGGUCACGAACGCCAAUUUAACAGGUCAUGUGGAGAAAGUGGGCAUUAAGAACUUCGAGCUGCUGAAGGUCCUUGGAACGGGCGCUUAUGGCAAGGUGUUCCUGGUGCGCAAGGUGAGCGGGCAUGACUCUGGGAAGCUGUACGCCAUGAAGGUGCUCAAGAAGGCCACCAUCGUGCAGAAGGCCAAGACGGCAGAACACACGCGCACCGAGCGCCAGGUCCUGGAGCACAUCCGCCAGUCGCCCUUCCUGGUCACGCUCCACUACGCCUUCCAGACAGACACCCAGCUGCACCUCAUCCUGGAUUACGUGAACGGCGGGGAGCUCUUCACACACCUGGUGCAGAGGGUGCGCUUCAAGGAGCAGGAGGUGGUCCUGUACAGCGGAGAGAUCACAUUGGCACUGGAGCAUCUGCACAAGCUAGGUAUCGUCUACCGAGAUCUGAAGCUGGAAAAUAUCCUGUUGGACUGCGAAGGACACAUUGUCCUCACAGACUUCGGGCUCAGCAAAGAAUUUGACGAGGGUGAGAGGGCGUAUUCCGUGUGUGGCACCAUCGAGUACAUGGCCCCCGAGAUUGUGGCUGGGGACAACGCAGGACACGACAAAGCGGUGGACUGGUGGAGUCUUGGAGUGUUAAUGUACGAGUUGCUGACGGGCGGUUCUCCCUUCGCUGUGGACGGAGACGGGAACUCCCACUCGGACAUCUCCAGGAGGAUACUGAAGAGUCAGCCUCCAUUCCCUAAGGACAUUGGACCCCUAGCCAGAGACAUCAUCCAACGCCUCCUUGUUAAGGACCCUUCGAAAAGGCUCGGCUCUGGGCCCUCAGGGGCCGAUGAUGUGAAGAAACAUCCCUUUUACCAGAAGAUAAACUGGAAGGACCUAGCCGCUAAAAAGGUCCCGGCACCUUUCAAGCCCGUCAUCCGGGGCGAGAUGGACGUGAGCAACUUUGCGGAGGAAUUCACUGAGAUGGACCCCACCUUUUCCCCUGCCGCUCCACCCCAGGACUGCGACCGCAUCUUCCAGGGAUACUCGUUCAUGGCACCCUCCAUCCUGUUCAAGCCCAACGCGGUAGUGGGAGACCUGUCAGAGCUGAGCAGCGCCUCGGAGCGGCCUGGUGCGGCUGCAGUGGCUCGCAGUGCCAUGAUGAAGGACUCUCCAUUCUACAUGAACUAUGAGCUGGAUCUGAAAGACAGUGCCUUGGGAGAGGGCAGCUUCUCCAUCUGCCGGAAGUGCGCCCACAAGAGGACGGGCCAGUCGUAUGCAGUGAAGAUUGUCAGCAGGAGAAUGGAGUCGCAAACACAAAAUGAGAUCGCAGCCCUUAAACUCUGUGAUGGCCACCCCAACAUCGUCAAGUGCCACGAGGUUUACCACGACCAGCUGCACACAUAUCUGGUCCUGGAGCUGCUGCAGGGCGGCGAGCUGCUGGACCGCAUCCGAUGCAAACGCCACUUCAGCGAGACGGAGGCCAGCCGCAUUAUGCGCAAGCUUGUGUCCGCAGUCAGCCACAUGCACGAUGUGGGGGUAGUGCACCGCGAUCUCAAACCAGAGAAUCUGUUAUUUAUGGACGAAAGUGAGGCCUCAGAAAUAAAGAUCAUUGACUUUGGUUUCGCUCGGCUGAAGCCGCCAGACAACCAGCUUCUGAAAACCCCGUGCUUCACGCUGCAUUAUGCAGCCCCAGAGGUACUCAAGUACGAUGGCUACGAUGAGUCGUGUGACCUCUGGAGCUUGGGUGUCAUAUUGUACACCAUGCUGUCGGGCCAAGUUCCAUUUCAGAGCCAGGAGAAGAGUCUGACCCACACCAGUGCGGAGGAGAUCAUGAGGAAGAUCAAACAGGGAGACUUCUCUUUUGAAGGGGAGGCCUGGAGAAAUGUCUCCCAGCAGGCCAAGGAUUUAAUAAAAGAGCUGUUGACAGUGGACCCCAGCAAGCGGAUUAAAAUGUGUGACCUGCGCUACGAUGCUUGGCUGCAGGCCCACAGUCAGCUGUCCUCCAACCCCCUCAUGACCCCCGAUAUCCUGAGCACCUCCACGGCCUCUGUGCACAGCUGUAUUAAGGCCACAUUUCAAGCUUUCGGCAAGUGUAAGCGACAGGGGUUCCGCCUUCAGACGGUCGACAAGGCUCCACUAGCCAAGAGAAGGAAAAUGAAGAAGACGAGCACAGGCACCGAGACGCGGAGCAGCUCCGGCUCAUCCUCGUCUUCUUGCUCACAGUCGCAGGACAAGACCCCUCCGUCUAGUGACACCCACCCGGCGCCCAGUGACAUUUCACCCUCCUUGAACGUGGACAGCGGUGAAGCCCCUGUUCACCGCUCCUCUCCGCCCAUCUGCCCCCCAGUGCAGAUGAGUGCAGCAAACCUGGAUUAGAGGUGGGUUAGAGAAACACCAGGCUGGAUAGGUUUGCCAACAGUUGCAAGAGGACACCUGGGAAAGGCCAAAUGAAUGCACGGCCGGCACACGGCAUCCUUCCCAACCACACUAAAACAGCAAUAAAUGGCCUUCCCUGGGUUUCGAGCGAUCAGAUGUGCCCAUGUGGCACGUCUCUGCGUCACAUGCUUAACACCCCUGUGGCCGAGGAAUUUCUCCUUGUCUGCAGAAGCUCGUUUCAUGGAUAAAAAGGAAUGGUGUCCUUGUGACGUUUUGGUUGCGCCCACCUGUUUUUCUUUAUUGUCUUGUGGUUGUUUUGGCAACUGAUUUGGACAAACUAUAGGUAAAAUAUUUAUUAAUGUUUGACAAAAGUAAUAUAUUUUCAAGGAAUUGGAUUUUAAAAAUGUAUUGCAAUUGCUGACGUUUUAAGGUGAAGGAGGUUGUCAUUAUCUCAGUACAGCAAGGCUGUGCAGUGUGCCAGCACACAAGAUGAGGACAAAUGUUAAAAAAUGUGGCUCGGGUUUUUUUUUAUAGUUCAUUUUUAAAAUAUUAUUUAAAAAUGUUUACAAAUGUAUCAUCAGUUUUAUUGUGCACAGUUCAUAUCCAUCAGCAAAGCUUUUCUCCAUGCAAAAUGGUAAUGCAAUCUAGACUUUUUAAAUUUUAAAAUUUAAAAUAAUCGAAA